UCUCUGCAAACGACCCCGACCCGCGCAAGUUUGGUUCCGAGGGGCAUUAAUACAAGUUUCAACGUAGGUGGGGAGGCUGAACACCUUUUCCCAAGUGUCUGAUUUGGGAUCGAGUUUCCUACCUGUGUCCUGAGUCUAUAGGGAUUUCCUGAUCUCUAAUUCGCCGUUUUCACCACCCCUAGGAAAAUGUGUAUUGACCUAAGGUUGAAUGCCACCUGGUCCAGGGAACCUCCUCUGAAAGCAGGAAGCUGGGAAUCUCAUUGUAAAGGUCUCCCGGGCCUCGGAGGAGUCGUUGCCUCCGUCUCUCAGCCUACCCCGAUACUGUCUCUCUUUGAUUUUGGAUCCAGGGUCACUGCUUCUACAGUCUUUUUGAGAAGUUCCUGGUUUGACUCACAAUAAAUUGAUCCACUCUCCCAUGAUGAAUCGUGUGUGUCCGGUACAUGUUUUGUUUUGUAGCUGCCCUUCAGUCAGUUCUUUCCACGGGGGGGAUGGAGUACUUUAAGAUGAGCGUGACCCUGUGAAACCAGAAACUGUCACUGAGUAGCGGGAUGUCCAGGGACCAGGAUCCCUCCUCAGUUCUGCCUUUCUCAGGUCCUCCUGCUCCUCCCAGGCCUCCCCUGCAGGGAGAGGGGGAAGAGCUAUGCAAAUGAGCAUCCGUUUCUUAUAUAGGGGCUUGUCUUACGCCCCAGCGCCUUUGGUUGCUGGAAAGAAGAACAGGAUGGAUCUGGUGCUGAGAAAAUGCCUUCUCCAUGUGGCUGUGAUGGGUGCUCUUCUGGCUGUGGGGGCUACAGAAGGACCCAGAGACCGGGACUGGCUUGGUGUCUCAAGGCAGCUCAGAACUAAAGCAUGGAACAGGCAGCUAUAUCCAGAGUGGACAGAAGGCCAGGGGCCUGACUGCUGGAGAGGUGGCCAGGUAUCUCUGAAGGUCAGCAAUGAUGGGCCUACACUGCUUGGGGCAAAUGCCUCCUUCUCUAUCGCCCUACACUUCCCUGAAAGCCAAAAGGUGCUGUCAGAUGGGCAGGUCAUCUGGGCCAACAACACCAUCAUUAACGGGAGCCAGGUGUGGGAAGGACAGCCAGUGUAUCCCCAAGAACCUGAUGAUACCUGCAUCUUCCCCGAUGGGGGGGCCUGCCCAUCUGGCCCUUCACCUCAGAGAAGCUUUGUUUAUGUCUGGAAGACCUGGGGCCAAUACUGGCAAGUUCUGGGGGGCCCAGUGUCUGGACUGAGCAUUGGGACAGGCAAGGCAGUGCUGGGCACACACAUCAUGGAAGUGACUGUCUACCACCGCCGGGGGUCCCAGAGCUACGUAUCCCUCGCUCACUCCCGCUCAGCCUUCACCAUUACUGACCAGGUGCCCUUCUCUGUGAGCGUGUCUCAGCUGCAGGCCUUGGAUGGAGUGAACAAGCACUUUCUGAGAAAGCAACCUCUGACCUUUGCCCUCCGGCUCCACGACCCCAGUGGCUAUUUGGCUGGGGCUGACCUCUCCUACACCUGGGACUUUGGAGACAGUACUGGGACCCUGAUCUCUCGGGCACUUGUGGUCACUCACACUUACCUAGAGUCUGGCCCAGUCACUGCACAGGUGGUGCUACAGGCUGCCAUUCCUCUCACCUCCUGUGGCUCCUCCCCAGUUCCAGGCACCACAGCUGGGCAUGUGCCAACUGCCGAGGCCCCUGGCACCACAGCUGGCCAAGUGCCUACUGCAGAAGUCGUAGGCACUACACCUGCUCAGGUGCCAACUGCAGAGCCCUCUGGAACCACAGCUGUGCAAGUGCCAACUGCCGAGGCCCCUGGCACCACAGCUGGCCAAGUGCCUACUGCAGAAGUCGUAGGCACUACACCUGCUCAGGUGCCAACUGCAGAGCCCUCUGGAACCACAGCUGUGCAAGUGCCAACUGCCGAGGCCCCUGGCACCACAGCUGGCCAAGUGCCUACUGCAGAAGUCGUAGGCACUACACCUGCUCAGGUGCCAACUGCAGAGCCCUCUGGAACCACAGCUGUGCAAGUGCCAACUGCCGAGGCCCCUGGCACCACAGCUGGCCAAGUGCCUACUGCAGAAGUCGUAGGCACUAUACCUGCUCAGGUGCCAACUGCAGAGCCCUCUGGAACCACAGCUGUGCAAGUGCCAACUGCAGAGGGCACAGGUACCACACCUGAGCAGGUACUAACCUCAGAAGUCAUAAGUACCACACCUGCAGAGAUGCCAACUGCAGAGGCCAUAGGUACGACACCUGAAGUGUCAACUGCAGAACCCUCUGGAACCACAGUUGCACAGGUAACUACAGAGCUGGUGGAGACCACAGCUGGAGAGGUACCCACCCCUGAGCCUGACAGUCCAGAUGCCAGCCCAUUCUUGUCUACAGAAGGUAUUACAGGCUCCCAGAGCCCCCUACUGGAUGACACAGCCACCUUAAUCCUGGUGAAGCGACAAGUCUCCCUGGAUUGUGUUCUGUAUCGAUAUGGCUCUUUUGCCCUCACCCUGGACAUCAUCCAGGGUAUUGAGAGUGCUGAGAUCCUGCAGGCUGUGCCAUCCAGUGAAGGAGAUGCAUUUGAGCUGACUGUGUCUUGCCAAGGCGGGCUACCUAAGGAGGCCUGCAUGGACAUCUCAUCGCCAGGGUGCCAGCCCCCUGCCCAGCGGCUGUGUCAGCCUGUGCCACCCAGCCCAGCCUGCCAGCUGGUUCUGCACCAGGUACUGAAGGGUGGCUCGGGGACCUACUGCCUCAAUGUGUCUUUGGCUGAUGCCAACAGCCUGGCAAUUGUCAGCACCCAGCUUGUCAUGCCUGGUCAAGAAGCAGGCUUCGGGCAGGCUCCCCUGUUCUUGGGCAUCUUGCUGGUAUUGAUGGCUUUGCUGCUCGCAUCUCUGAUAUAUAGUAUCAGGAGAAGACGUAUGAAGCAGGGCUCAGCUCUCCCCCUUCCCCAGCUGCCACCUGGCAGAACCCAGUGGCUACGUCUGCCCUGGGUCUUCCGCUCUUGCCCCAUUGGUGAGAGCAGCCCCCUCCUCAGUGGGCAGCAGGUCUGAGUACUCUCAUGUGAUGUCAUGAUUUACCCAGUGUGGACAGCAAUGCCUAUCUUUUCUCCAGUCUUCCCUUGGAAACUACCAUUGCCUGAAAUAAAGACUCAGAACCUGGUGCUGUUAUUUCCUUACUUCUGGGAGAAUCUAUGUCAUUAAAGGAGUGG